AUGGAGGCCGCAGACAUCAACGACGAUGUCGUCCACCCGGAAGUGCGGGCGCACAUCACCAACCUGGUCUCGGCGCUCGGUGGUUACAGCGUGGACGAAGAUGGAAGCUACAAGCUCGGUGACGAAGCCCUCGACGUCUUGCGCGACCUGAAGAAAUGGAUCCGAUUCUACGACGAAAAGACCAACCGUAUGGACGUUGCCAGAUGCCUGGCUGAAGCGAAUCUCGUCGGCGGCGAUCUACUCCAGAUCUUGACACUAUGGCCCCAGAACGAAACCGACAGCAAAUACAAAGCCCGUAUCGCCCUAGCCUGCUUCGAGGUCAUGGUGCCCCUUACUUGGCCCAUAGAGAAGGAGCGCGCGGAAAUGACAAUCAACCACCAUCGCCACAUGCCGGUCCUACAGCUUGCCCAGCUUGGCUAUAAGCGCGCCAUCAUAAACUUCGAUGCGAUACCCAUCCUCAACACCGCCGUCAGGGUAGCCCUGCCCUCCAUGGCCAUGCCUAUUGGCGAGCGGACACCUCGAGACCUGGCUAUCAUUAAGCUCAUUCUGUUCUUCCUGAGGAAUGUUGCCAUGAUUGCACCUCCUCAAGGUGUCAAGUACGAAGGCGACGAGACACAGGUAUCCAGGUCGGCCACCAUCGAUGCCUUCUCAUACCAAGACAUAUUUUUGACCCUCCUCACCCUUGCUUCCAACAUGGGCGAGGACUUCCGCACCGAGGAUGUGAUUGUUAUGGAGAUUAUCUUUCAUCUUGUCAAGAGAGUUGACCCCAGUUCGCUCUUCGUCAGCGAAAAGCAACUCAACAAAGCAAAGGGACAAGAGCUGGCAUCGGAGAUGCGCAAGGAAACCGCUAUGCUGAAAUCGUACAACAAAACUACAACCACCCGUCAUAGUCGAUUUGGAACAAUGAUAUGGGUGAAACGAGCAGACGGAAAGAUGGUGACAGUAUCUGGCCAAGAGGCUCUUUUGGACGCCAAGACACGGGAGAGGAAGAUGGAUAGCUCAAAAACAUUCAGACCGCCGAGGAGGGCGAGGAAACCCGAGAGGGAACCCAAAGACCUUGGGCCUCCAGUGACACUAGACGAAAGAGCUCGUCAGCAGCUUCGAUCAUUCGUCCAAGACUUCCUUGACUCGGGUUUCAACCCCUUGUUUCUGCACGUGAGGCAAUCGAUCGACCGGGAGGCAUUGCAUGUGCUGAACCAGCAUAAGAGCCAGUUCUUCUACCUUGUCGCCUGGUUCCUCGAAGCCGAGCGGAUGCGCAGAAAGGCCAAAAGGGAGGAGUCAAAGUCGACGUCCGCAGCCGGAGAAGAGGUGAACAGCUUUAACCUCGUUGCUGCUGUACUCCAACAGGAAAUGUUCGCUUCCAUGAACCGUGCGCUUGACCGGUCCUAUAGUGAUAAAGACUGGCAGUUGCUUACCUCGGUCAUGCGAUGCUACACCCAGAUCUUCCUUACGGUCCAGGAGAUGUCCGAGUCUCCCAAUGAGGAGGACCAGGAGAUUGCCGAAAACACCCUCAGCCGUCUCUUCUACGAGGAGACAACCCACGACCUUAUCGCGAAUAUCGCCCGAACAUACAAGGACCAAGGCUUCGAAUAUCUUGAUGCGGCAACGGAGCUGGUCCACACUUUCCUCCGCAUGUUGGAAGGUUACUCUAAGCAAAAUGUUGACUUGCAGGUGCGCUCGCGGAAGCGAGCCCGCCGAAAGAAGAAGGCUGCUAAAGCUGCCGCUGCAGCAGCAACUACAGCUCCCGGUGAGGAAGCAGAAGACGUUGGCGUUCCCGAAGAGAAUGAUGCCGACGAUUCUGGAGACGAUGAGCAGCAUGCAGAGCGGGUUACUCAGGAGCGCAAGUUUGAGUUUGGGAAAUUCGCCAUCAGAUUUGCUCCUCAGGGUGUUGUCGACACAUUUGUCGCCUUAACGAAAUUCUAUCGGGAUUUGAAUGAUACGCAGCUGAAACGCGCUCAUCGCUACUUCUAUCGUGUUGCUUUCAAACAGGAACUAGGCGUCAUGCUGUUUCGACUGGACAUCAUUAAUCUCUUUUACAACAUGGUGAAAGGCCCUGAGCCCUUGGACAAAAACUCGCCGAUGUUCAAGGAGUGGGAAGAACUCUCUAAGCAGAUAAUCCGGAAGUGUGUCAAGAAGCUUCAAGAGCGGCCUGCGCUGUUUACCGAAUUGCUCUUUUCCAAGAUCGGCAGCACGACACACUUCCUUGAGCAUGGCUACGAGAAGCCUGUUACCACAACUACCCCACGACCUGGUGCCGAGCUGGAGUUCAAGCGCGCCACAGAGCGCGACGAGCAGAUCGGCAUUGCGGUCAGCGUACUCAUCGACAAACAGCAAACUGAGCACCUCCAAUGGCUCAAGGAUCAGCUAACAAGCGCAAUGAACGAGCGGCAAGCAUGGGAGAACGUAGACAAGGCCAUGGCGGCCACUACGGAGGGCGCAGCUGACGGUGAAGCUGGCGAAGACAGCAUGAACAAAUCAGCACCGCCACAUGUCACCAUCCGCCCUGAUACCGAAGCGCGCCGCACAGCCAUGUUCAAGAACCCGCACCUCCGUCUCCUCAUGCGCCUAGUCGGCAUGGAGCGCCUCACCCCUACUCUCGACGAAACCCCUGACUCGACAUGGAUUCUCCCAGGCAACCACACCGCCGAGGCGAUUCAAGAUACCAUCGAUCUCAUAAACAAAGCCGAGUUCUCCCCUCCCACCUUCGAGGACGGCGGCUCAGCCGAAGACCAGCUCCGGCGCAAGUCCGCCGCCGCUUCCCGCAGGACACGCGCCGCAUAUGACGACGACGAAGAAGAAAUCCGCGGGUUCCUCGGUGACGACGACGAUGAAGGCGGUAUCGGCGAAGACUUCCUCUUUGCACCGGGUGGCCCCACCGCACGUAAGCCGGACGCCAGGCCGCAGAAAAAGCGCCAGCGCAGGCGCCGGAGAGAGGCUGGCAGUGGAGACGAGGAAGAUGAGGGGGUGUCGGAUGAAGUGUUGGCUGCGCGGGCGAAGAAGAGGAGGGAGAAGGAGCUGGAGAAGAUGAGGAAGAUCAAGAGUGAAAUGUACGUGCAUGCAAGCGACGACGAGACGGACGAUGAAAGGGAUCGGGAGUUCUUUGAGCGUGAGAAGAAGAGGCAGGAGGCGAAGGACUCGACUUUUGAUAGCAUGCUUGGAACGUUGGGGUUGUCAGUGUUGUCGCAGGUAAAUGGUGGGGAGAAGAGCGCGUGGGAGGCGGUGUUGGAUGAUGAGGAUGGUAGUGAUGGGAGUGAAGGUGAGGGGGGGAGGAGUGCGAAGCGGAGGAAGAAGCAGGUUGCUUCUGAUUCCGAAGAAGAAGAGGAGGAAGAGGAGGACAGUGAUGAAGAGUUGCCGACGAAACCGGUUAAGGCCUCAAAGACGAAGAAGAAGGCAGCACCGAAACGACCAGUAAGGAGGUCUGCGGCACUCAAGAAGAAGGCUGUUGUGGAGCUCAGCGACGAUGAAGAGGAAGAGGAAGAAGAAGAAGACGAGGAGGAGGAUGCCAUGGACGUGGAUUCGGAUAACGAACGCACGACAACGAAGGACGCACCCCCGCCAUCCAGCCCCGGUGACGGGCUAGGGAGGAGAAUAAACAAAAUGGUGAUGGAUGAUAACGACGAGGAUGAGGAUGAUCAGCCGGUUGUGGCCGCUCGCCAAAGGCCUAGAGCCAGGGGAGGAUUCGUCAUUGACAGCAGUGAUGAAGAGUAG